UUAAAGAUAUGACAUCAGAUCACAUGGUGUCAGAAGCCGGCUUAGGACCAGAAGCAUUUCUUCCAAACGGUAAUGUUUUCAUUCCAUCUGCUAAAUCGUCUGAUGUUAACUCAAAUCCCUGUGCUAGACGGAGAGGUCGACAGCCGAGUUUUACAUCCAGAUCCAUUGAAGAAAAUAGUGUACAGAGUUACCUUGCCACAGCAUCAGGAAACAUAGUUUACGGGUUGUCUCCCAUGCCUGACCAAUCCACCAAAGCGGAUUUCCACCCCGACAACAACACUAUCAGUGAUCAGACACAGUUUUCACAUGGAGAUCCAGUGCCAGGUUAUUUUGAUACAGACGCCAGCUGUCACCAAAGAUCCAAUCUUUGUCACCAUAUUGGUAAUGGUAUUAACGAACACAGUAUGGUCAGUAUGAACUCUGAACCGACAGAAAAUUUGGCGCAAACAAGUUCUACUCAAGCCAGCUAUGAGGCAAGAAUGGACCAUUUCGUUCAUGAGGCUGGUCAGUUUUCCACAGAGUCCGAAAGUGAGCGAGAUGUGGGGUUUUCUGGCCACAGCACCAGUAGUAGUUGUCAGUUGGAAACAAGUCCCACAGAUCAAGAGCAGGUCGGUAGUGCUUGGAACAAUUUUCCUAUCGAUUGGUCAGACGCAGAAGCAGAUAUUUGUCUGCAUGGAAACAACAAAAUUGAUGAUCUCAUAUAUCAUUUUGAUAAGUUUUUCCGUGGACAGAUAGACAAUAAACUUAGCGAGAUGGGCGAUUUUAUACACUCUUUGAUGACGGAGCAGCAGACCCACGUGAGAUAUAUUGUCAACACGGCGGUCACAAACAGUCAGACUUGGGUAUCUGUUGAAAAGGACACAACACUUGGAUCUCCUGUCCGAAAAAUGACCCGCCUCUCCAGCGGUGAAACAGGACCGGAUAGUCUAGCGGUUACAUCACCUAUCACAGACCACGUAGAUUUGUCUGAUGCAUUCCUGUUCCAGAUGCGAUGACACCACAGUUUCUGGACAAAUCGGCACAAGUGUAAGUUUCCAUUAGGCUGAGUUUCUAUGCAUUUCAUUAAGUUUCGUUCUGUUAACUGUCCAUUGCAUCUCUGUUGAAUUAUUCAUAUCUCGGCGAGAACCUAUGUGACUGUCAAAUAUCAGAUGUUACUGGAAGAUUCAAGCCCACCAGGGAGUACAUAUCAAUCAGACUUACAGUUUAAGUUAAUACCAAAGUUCAUUCCAAGAAAGUUCGAUCGCAAAUAAUGGAUUAUAUAGCACUUUUGUCAUUUGACAGUAUAGUAGGCAAGUGUUGAGCAUCAAACGAAA